AUGGGUUUCCUUCCUUCUCUUUCCUCUCGUUCUUCUUCUUCUUCUUCUUCUUCUUCUUCUCGCGAGAAAGAAGGUGGCUUUUUUGCAAAGAAGUUAUUAAAGAGGAGGAAAGAAGAGAAGGAGGAAGGAAAAGCGCGCAGGGAAGCGUUGGAAGUAAACGAAGAAGAGAAUGAUGACGAUGAUGAUGAUGAUGAUGAUGAAAAGAAACUCCUUCUGGAAGAAGAUAUUCUCUUGAGCGGCGAAAUCCCCGGCUUGUUCCACUGUCCAAUCACGCAGGAGAUAUUCGAACAGCCGGUGACGUUGCGUUGCGGACACACGUUUUCGAAAACGAGUUUAAUGCGAUGGAUGGCGAAGAAUCCGUGCUGUCCAACCUGUAGGAAAAGUCAGUUUAUAUUCGACUUUAACGAGGAGAUGCGGGUGAACAAAGUCGUCGAGAACGCGGUGGAGUUUUUAACGAAGAGAAUGAAUGAUAAGAAGAAGAAAAUGAGGAGAAGAAGUAAAAGCAAAAGCGAAACUCGAGUUUCGAGCGGCGAGGAGGAGGAGGGAGGAGGAGUCGUACGCGGCGGCGGCGAGAAUGAAGAAGAAGACAAAGAAGAAGAAGAAAAAGGAGAGAAGUGGAAGCGGUUACCGCUGUUCGUCUUGGACGCGGUCGUGCCCGGGACGGAGCUGAUGUUGAACGUCUUCGAACCGAAAUUACGUUUGAUGGUGCAAACGGUGCUGACGCAACAUUAUAAUCCGUCGUUUGUGAUGUGCGCGAGGACGUACGAUGGAUCGGUAAAGAGGAGUUUACGUUACGAUAUAAGUAACACUACGAGUUUAGAAUACCAUCGUAAAAGGAAUACCAUCGCGAGACACGGAAUUAUCGCUCGAAUUAUCGCCGCGAGUGAAACCGUCGACGGGAGGUUCUUGAUUCGCAUACGCGCGGAUUCAGAGAAAGUUGUCGUCAUACAGAAGUCGAGCGUGAAUAAUAGAAAUAAUAACAACAAUAACGAAGGAGGAGGAGAAAACGGAGAAUUCGGAGGAUACGCGGGAGGAGAAGUAGUAUCGGAAGAAGAAGAAGAAGAAGGAACUGAAGAAGAAGAGAACAUGAGAGAAGAAGCGUUUCCGAUUUGCGAUUACACGGAACGCAUAGACGCGCCUUGGUCGUCAUUAACUGAACGCCUCGCUGGAAGCGCCGAUGAAGCGAAAGCUUCGUUGCUGCUCUCUGUAGACGAAGCCGAGGCGACAUUUUAUGCGUGGGCGACGCUCGCGGAGAAGAGCGGAUACUUCGGCUCGCACGCGUGCUUCGCGCACGACGAUUGCGUUUCAGGAAUGGAGAAGGGCCACCGACGAACGAGGAAAGGAACAAUGAAAAGUAAAAGACCACACGCGCUUGAUGAAAGCGCAGAAGACGAGCGCGAGAGAAACUUACCGCUGAAAGACGUCGUCUUUCGAUGGAAAUCGUCUUUAGAAGAUAACGGAGAACUCGAACGUCUCAACGAGAUCAACAACGAAAGAGAUUACGACCUCGCGUUCGACGGCGGCAACGCGAGUUCCUUCCGUCGCCAACAAUUGCUCACGCGUUUCAAAAGCAGAGGAGGAGGAGGGAUGAACAACAUGCAAAGACCAUCCUUCGAGGAAGUUCGGUCGCGUCCGGAGCAGUUUGCGAGCACUCUUUUGUGGUGGUUCGUUCGAUGCGUCAAUCCGAUCCCAUCUGCCGGCGCGGCUUUGGAAAUCAGACCGUCGAUGUUGAGCACCGGAGACGCCAAGACGCGCUUUGCGUUGUUUUCGAAACUGAUUUCAGUUUCAAUCGUUCGCGUUUUGGGGUACGCGCCAAUGGAGUGGAUGAAUUGGGAAUGCGUGAAAGAAAAAAGACUGAUGAAGAAGAUUGGCGAGGUGCUUUCGAAAGAGAGAGAAACGAUCUCGGCGGCGACGAUAAGAAAAGAAGAGAUUGGCAAAGACAGCGCGAACAGAAGGAAAUUGAGAAUUUUAAUCGAAACGUGUUUGAGUAUCGUCUACGAGUAUUCAAAGGAAGAAAAAGAAGAAGAACGGCAACAACAAAACGGUGGCGAUGCCGAUGGUACGAAGAACGACGCCGAAGACGCAAAAAAUACGAGCAUUCCGACAGUCUCGGGCGUCCGCAUUGUUUUCACGGACGAAGAGCUCGAUUCAUUCGGCGCGCAUAAAUUAGCUCUCACGCUUCGAGACGUGUUGCUAAAAGUCAAGAGAAAAAACGAUCGAAAGGCGCAACGAAAACGCGUCCUGAAUUUACGAGCGUUGGCAAAGGCGUUGAAACAUAACCUCGACGAGAACGAGUUUUUCCACAUGUUUGACCCAUUCUGUCACGACUUGACGGCGACGAACAGCAACUUCUUCUAUCUCACGACCAAUAACGUGAACAAUCGCAUGCAUAGGAGCGUCACACGCAUACGAGCCGUGGCCAAACUGCGACGUUUCCUUUACCGAGCGCAAAGUUUCCUCCGCGGCGUCUCGUUCGGCGCCAAGUUAGCCUACGAUAAAUUUUUCUGGAUUGCCGGCUUGAUCUUGUUCUCCUUGGUCAUCUUCGCGUUGAUCGUGCAAUCUUUACGGUUCAUUCAUCGCUUUGGUCCGAGUCAAGAGGAGAUGAAACAAGAGCUUCAACGCGUGCAAUCGUUCGUGCGAGAGUUUGCGAAUGUUGUUUUUUCGCGGACUCAAAAAAUGAUGGAUGCGUGA